GCACGAAACAACCGAUCACCACUACCACCACCACACCAUCGCCACCGCCAUGGAUCGUUCGCCUGCCAAGUUCGUCUUGCUCCUCAUGGCAGCGGCGACCUGGAGCUUCUUCCUCGUCGCCGGCGCAGGCAAGCUCCAGCCGAGCUGCAUAGGGCGCGAGAGGGACGCCUUGCUAGUCUUCAAGCAAGGCAUCAAUGAUACCUACGACUACCUCGGGUCGUGGCAACAAGAGCGCCAAGAUUGCUGCCAAUGGGCAGGCAUCACCUGCAGCAACACAACCGGGCAUGUCAUCCAGCUUGACCUUGGCGGAAGGUACUAUUUGGUCGGCCAGAUAAGUCCUUCCUUGCUUUCUCUAGAGCAUCUCGAAUACCUUGAUCUCCACCACACUGGGUUGCGUGGCCCUGAUGGCCGUGUUCCAGAGUUCUUGGGUUUCUUAAAGAACCUGAGGCAUCUUGAUCUGUCUUACACGUCUUCCUCCGGUAUGGUGCCUCCUCAGCUAGGCAACCUGUCAGAGCUGGAAUACCUUGAUUUAUCCUACAUAUAUUUCAACAAUAUGAGUAUGGUCUCAACGGACAUCUCAUGGAUGGUCUCAACAGACAUCUCAUGGUUAACCCAUCUACCUCUGUUGGAGCAUCUUGAUAUGAGUUAUAUCAAUCUCAGCUCAAUAGCCGAUUGGCCUUUAGUUGUCAAUAAGAUUCCAUCUUUGGAGUUGCUCUAUCUUUCUGAGUGCUCGCUUUCAAGUGCAAACCAAUCCCUCACACACCUGAACCUCACAAAUCUUCAGUACCUUGAUCUCUCUGGUAACGACUUUGGCCAUCCAAUUGCCUCCGGUUGGUUUUGGAACUUAACAAGCCUCAAGUACCUCGGUCUUGCUAGUACCUCUCUGUAUGGUCCAUUUCCUGAUGCACUCGCAAAUAUGUCAUCCCUCCAACGGUUAGAAUCGAGCUACAUGGGUAACAAAGCCACAAUGACAGUAGAUUUGAAAAAUCUGUGUGAUUUGGAAUACCUAUCGAUUGGUGGAAGCCUCUCCUCUGGAAAGAUAACAGAGUUUCUAGAUAAAUUGCCUAGAUGUUCAUCGAACAGAUUACGGUACUUGAGCUUGAGCAGCAACAAUAUGGUUGGAAUUCUGCCAAACAGAAUGGGGCACUUGACCGACUUAUUUGUGUUCGACCUUUCUUCCAAUAACAUUACUGGGGGUAUACCGCUAGGCAUAAGGAAUCUCUCUUAUUUAGUAAGACUUGAUCUUUCUAACAACCUUCUUACUGGAGUUAUACCGCCCGGGUUGGGAAAUUACACUAGCUUACAGUAUCUUUCUCUUUCAAGCAACCAUCUUACUGGACCUAUGCUACCAGGGAUGGCGAGUUGCACUGCAUUAUGCUCUCUUGACCUUUCUGACAACAAUAUUACUGGAGUUAUACCUCCAUGGUUGGGGAACUGCACUAGUUUGUGGUACCUUUAUCUUUCUAAGAACCUUCUCACUGGACACGUCCCAUCUAAGAUCAGUCUGCUCGGUCAGUUGACCGAACUCGACCUUAGCAAUAAUAAUCUAGAUGGUAUGAUCACGGAGGAGCACCUAGUUACUCUAAAUAACUUAAAACACCUGGAUUUAUCACACAACUCUUUGUCAGGGCCUCUGCCGUUAGAGUUUGUAGCUAAAGGAUUAGUAGAAUUGACUUUAUCCUCCAAUUCUUUCACUGGGCAUAUUCCUGAUUCUAUUUGUAAAUUGAGGAACCUACUUGUCUUGGAUUUAUCAGGCAACCUUCUAGAUGGAGAACUUCCUCAGUGUUCUCAGAAGCCUAACUUGGUUUUCCUCCUCUUAAGCCAUAAUAAGUUUUCUGGAAAGUUCCCAUCAUCACUUAAGAACUACUCGAGUUUGGCAUUCGUGGAUCUUUCAGUGAAUAAUUUCUAUGGAACAUUGCCAUCGUGGAUCGGAGACUUGGUAUAUUUGCGGUUUUUGCAGCUAAGUCACAAUUUCUUGUGUGGAGAUAUUCCCGUGACCAUCACAAACCUUAAACACCUUCGUCAACUGAGUCUAGCAGGAAAUAGUAUAUCUGGUGUUAUACCUUGGUCUUUGUCAAAUUUAACAGCAAUGGCCCAGAAACAUUCAAAGAGACAUGAGGUCGACAUGUUUAAAUGGUACAGCGGCCAAGUGGGAAAAUUUAGAGAAGUUUUGCCUAUCGUUAUGAAGCACCAAGAACUUAAGUAUGGUACAAGAAUUUUUGAUGUGGUCAGUAUGGACCUGUCACUCAACCACCUAACAGGGGAAAUUCCAGAUGGAAUUACCUCUCUUAAUGGACUGUUAAAUCUGAACUUCUCAUGGAAUCAAUUGAGUGGAAAAAUUCCUGGGAAGAUUGGAGCUAUGAAAUCACUUGAAUCCCUGGACCUCUCAAGGAACAACCUUUCUAGUGAAAUCCCAACAAGCUUAUCAGGUUUGACUUAUUUAAGCUCCUUGGACUUGUCAUAUAACAAUCUUACAGGAAAAAUUCCACCCGGAAGCCAACUUGACACCCUCUACUUGGAGAACCAGUCCAUAUAUAAGGGCAACAUUGGUCUGUGUGGCCCUCCUCUUGAAAGGAAAUGCUCAAGAGACAAUUCACCAGAGCACAACAAUCAACAGAAAAUUCAGAAGGUUUCCGAGCCUGUGUUGUUCUUUUACUUUGGACUCGGGUCCGGGUUUGUGGCUGGCCUCUGGGUCGUGUUUUGCACCCUAUUGUUCAGGAAAGUGUGGAGAGUCGCCUAUUUCCACCUCUUUGACAAGUCGUAUGACAAGGCAUAUGUGUUUGUGGUUGUUACUUGGGGUAGGAUAACCAGCAAGGCGACAACAAGUUAAGUGCGACACCCAACAAGAUAAUGCAAAUCUGGUGAUGUUCUUUCACCCUACUACUGAAGUAUGAAAUAAAUGAAGGUGCCAAAGCAUUUGGCAGCUUGUGCUAGUAUGCGUUCUUUUCUCUCCUGUAGACUUGUAAUACGAACUUUGGUCUAAUGCAUGUAACUGUUAUAUUGGAUUGUACUUAUGAGUCAUGAUGAACUCACAUGGUCUUAAUUUUCCAGCUCUAGUUCCUUUUGUGUUGAUGGUUCGUAAGCUGUAAGCCAAUGUUUUGUGAGUCUGCUAUACUGUUAAGCUUUUAGUGAGGGGCUGGCAGGAGUGGAACUAAAAGCCAUGAAGCACAACAAAACGAACUAACAAUGCGAGGGAUCAUCCAUCUCUAUAGAUUGAGGAAUCGUCACAUUACGGCUGAGCCAAGUUUCAUAUGGCUGCAAGACUGAACGUCCAGCACUUCUUGAGGGGGACAACACGAGUAGGAUAAAAUACAAGGGCACACAUGUAACCAGUUUUUGCGGUGGCUCCCUAUUUGAA